UUGGUUCUAGAAUCCUGACAAUCCUGGGCCGUUAGCUACUCGCCAGCUGCUCGUGCAGCUGCCGGCUUUUUAAUUGUGUUUGAGUAAUAUCUCACUUUCCCGGACUUUUUUAGUCGAAAAUAAAUACAAUAAUGUCCACGCAGACUUCUCCUACAAAGAUAAAAGAGUUACGCUUGCCCAUCUCGAGGGUAAAAACGAUUAUGAAGAGCUCUCCUUACGUUGACACAGUCGGGCAGGACGGAUUGUACUUGGUUACAAAAGCUACGGAACUCUUCAUACAUUAUUUGACAGAAGAGGCGCACAUGCAGAGCAACAAGGGAUCCUCGCUGGAUUACAAACAUUUAGCGGAGGAGGUGCAGACAAACGAUACAUUGGAGUUUCUCCGGGAAAUAAUGCCCAGAAAGAUCACCGUCAGACAGUUCAAAGAAAUGAUGGCGGCCAAGAACGAGUCCCGCAGUAACUCCUCCGAAAGCAGCUCGGAUUCUGACAGCGACAGUGAUUCGGACACGGACUCCUGCUCGGAUAGUGAUGAGACGAAAGCGGAGAAUGGAAAUUCUUCGACCAGUGAGCGCGAAAGUGAGAGCAAAGAGAAUGGUACUUCAGUCAGUGAGAAAAGUGAAAGUAGUGUUAAAAGUGACAGUGAGGAUGACAGCAAGAGAUGAGUGCCUGUCCAGUCUCCGUGUCUGGCAAAGACCAUUUCAAUUUAAAUCAGUCUGCGAUGUUUUCUACGCGUAAAGUUCUAUUUUUGGAUAUAAAAUAUGUUAUCAUUGUGAGAGAAUGCAUUGUCAUCUCACUGAUUGCAUUGGUGUAUCAAUAUGGAAUUAAUAUGACUACUAAUCAUAGUCAUAUCAAUAAUAUGACUAUGAUUAGUAGUCAUUUUAGGCUAAAGUUCUCAGCCUUCUCAGCUGGAAAUUUUCAGGAAAAAAAUUUUUUUAAAACUAUUGUUAUUUUUAUACAUGCACAUAAAGAGGUGGCAAAUAUAUGUCAAUUGUAUAUUCGCAUCAUUUAUAUUCUGCACACAUUGUACAAUGUACAUUAAUCAUUUAAUAGUAUAAAAUGAAUAAUUAUUAAAUAAAUUUUUACACUAAUAAUA